UUUUGACUCCGCCAAAAUUUAAAUUUUUAUCAACAUAAGUAAUUAAAAGGUUUUAUUACGACCAUUGCAAUGCAAAUGUGUUUAUCCGAUGUUUAAGUAAAAUGUUAUUGUGUUAUCGCGGACGUGUCGUUUGUUCAGGACUAUGGAGAACGGGAGUCAUUUUGAUGGAGACAAGAUAGAAAAAUUUGAUAUCAAAAUAAAGAAGAAGCCGAAAGAUGGAGUAAUACUGCAGCUUCAUCACACUGUUCGAGAUUCGCACGGAGACUGCCGUCGAAUUCGUUUUUCACUAGCUGUAUUUGAUGAUAAUCAGGAAAAGCUUGCGUGUACUGAUAAUGCAGGCAAUAUAUUUAUUAUCGACUUUUGUGAUUUAAAAUUUUGGAAAUUAGUAAAUCAUGGUAUAUGCACAGCUCUCCACUUUGUACCCGAUAGACUCGACGCUUUAGUCGUUGCAAGUUCAGAUAAAUUUGAUCUCAAUUUCUUAGAUACAGAGACUGGAUGUGUAUAUCUUACAUUGAGUGGACAUACAGAUCAUGUGAAACAUAUAUCAUUCUCUAAAACCAAGUUAAACAAUUUACUCACUGCUAGUCAUGCUGAAGCUAUUUUAUGGGAACUUAAAAAUUGUACAAAAUACUUUACUUUAAAUACUCAUGUAGGAUCACAAAUUCAACAGAUAAUGUUCACACCAGCAGGUGACUAUCUGGUUGCAUGCUUUCAAAAUGAUACAGUGCAAAUAUGGAGACAUGAUACAAUGAAAUCUGUGAAACAAAUUAUUCCAAAUGGCUUGAAGCAUAUAAAAAAUAUAGAAUUCACAAUGAAUGGACGAGCAAUGGUAAUCGCAGGAUUGGUACCUAAAUUGAUUUUGUUCAGCAUGGAUACAUGGAAAGCUGUGAAGUCUAUAGACUUAACUAAAUACAAUAUUAAAGGUGUACAACAUGUUGCAUUUGUACCUCAGAUGUUUGAUGGUGGUGCAAAUAAAAUACUUGCAAUUUUAAGUAGCAAUUGUACUCUUCAUUUACUAGAUUUAGAUACGCAAGAGCUUAUUACUAACAUAUGUCCUCAAUCCUCAAGUAUCAAGAAGUUUGUUGUAAGUCCUACUGGAAAAUACUUUCUGUGUAUAUUACACCUUGGAGAAGUUAAUAUAUACAAUUCAUCAUUAGUUAUAGAGAAUUCUAAGGAUGUAAUGGUUGCUCCAGAGAAAAAAGAAUUGCCAGGUUGCUCUACACAUGCAUAUCAAUGUAACAUACAACAAACUUUAGCAAAUAAAUCAGCAGUUGAACAGAAGAUGCGUGCAUGUAUGGAUAGUGCUAGAUUGAGAAGAAUUCUAAUGCAAUACGGUGAAUAUCCAGAUAAGUUCCGUUCAAUUAUAUGGAAGUCUCUUUUGAUCACACCAAAAAAUAAAGUAGCAUAUUCGGCUUUAGUUGAUAAAGGAAUCCAUCCAGCAUAUAAGAAUAUUGAAAAACAGUUUACAAUACACAGCACUGUCACACUGAAGAAUUUGAAAAGAUUACUCUCAUGCCUUGCACAUUGGUGCCCUCUAUUUGGAGUGAUGAAGUUCUUACCUGGUUUUGUAUUCCCUUUUGUAAAGGUGCUGCAAAAGGAUCCUCUUCUUUUAUUUGAGUGCGUGGCAACUAUUCUUAUGAAUCAAUGUCAAUUGUGGUUUGAAUAUGCACCAUUUCCACCUAUUAGUGUUUUAGCAAUGAUUGAGAACGUGCUCGCUGAACAUGAUCAGCAGCUACUUGAUCAUUACUGCCAGUUGGGGGUGACAAGUCAAAUAUAUGCAUUGAAGAUUUUAGAGACAGCAUUCAGUGAGGUCCUUACAUGCACUGAGUGGUUGGUCCUAUGGGACCACAUACUUAGCAAUGAGCCAGCUUACAUUUUAAUGAUUGUUGUCUCAUAUAAUAUUGUACAAAAGAAUGCUAUCAGGAGAUUAAAAACCGUUGACCAAAUUGAAAAAUUUUUUCACCUACAAAAUCCAAUAAAUAUGAAAGUGUUUCUUAAGAAAGCUUAUGUAUUUUUGAACGAUACUAGUGAAGACGUUCAUCCGAGGCGAUUUUUUAAUAGUUUUGUUUCGUUAGAAAAAGGUGGUUGUUAUCAACAGUUUACUGGGUAUCCAAAAGCUACAAUAUGUUUGAAAUUAGCAAGAGAGAGAAAGAAAGCCGUCAGUGCAGAUAGAUAUACUCUCAGAGAACUUACAAAGAAGAGCCAAGAGAAAAUAAUUAACGAAGGAAUUAAAAAAUUGGAUAUUGAUUUCGACAAAGACAAUGAUAAAGAUGUAAAAGAUGAAUACUACAAGAAGCACAGGCGAAAAAGUACAGUCCAUCUACAGAAUAAGGACGAAUCCAGAAGUCGGGUUAGAGAGGAAUUCUUGAAAAACGUUUUCUUCACAUCCGAUUUGGGUUUGAAAAUAAGUAAAGAAACUGCGGAGUCAAUGAGGACACGCAGAUUUCGUGAAUCUAUACGGCCAAAGAAAAAAAGAAAAACUCCUGAAAAAAUUCAUUCAUUAGAAAAGGAAGUGGAGAAAUUAAUUAAAAGUUGUUCAAAUUCAGAUACAUCCGAUUGAUGCUUAAAUUAUUUUUAUA